GAAGUGAAACGGUUUUCAAAGUAUUAUUGUCGGUUCUCGUUGUACUCGCUCCAUUUGCCGUCGCUUGGUAUAUGAGGAACACAGCUGAUAUUCGUCGACUCCAUGGGAAGAUCCAAGAUUACAGACCUGGUAAUUGGACGAUCAGAGAUGCAGGGGCAAGCUUCAAAAAACCAUCCAAUGUUAAACUAGGUGUCUUCGGAGUGCAAGACUCAGGCAAGAGUGCCUUUCUCAACUCUAUUCACUUUGCUUACACAGGUGUAUGGCAGCAAGUCUACAUCGAGAGCAAUUUGUUAGGGCAGGGAGGAGAGACUCUAUUUCGAGACCCUGCUAUACUUACCGAUCAAGUUACAACUUUCGAUACACGUGGAUUAUCGGACAUGGGUCAUUCCAAAGUAGGGGAUGUAAUGAGUGAAAUCACUGGAAAGCGAGGAAUCGACCCUAAUUCUAAGACGGCUGGAGAAAGGAUCGACUGUCCCAUCUUUGUCCUUAAAUACAACACAACUACUGGAAUACAACAUUGUCGUGAAUUUAUAUCGUCACUUAUACCAAAAAUCAGGCAAGAGUUCGGCUCGUAUCCGAUCAUGGUCGUAACAUUCGCAGAGAGCAUCUUGAACCAGGAAGAGAUCAUUGGGGACAUCACCUUAGCUGGUAUGGACAAGAACAGUCUAUUCUUCAUUGAGAACUACACAGCUUCGAACCACGAGAUGGAUUCUAAGAAACACAUUGCUCUUCUCAAGAUCCUGGAAGCCUGUAUUCAGCGAGCCGAUGAUAACGUCACCUUUCACUGGCGAAAAGAGAAGCAGCCACUGUCCAAAAAAAAGUGUAAGAUAAUGUAAAUUUAGCGCGCAUCAAGUCGGGGUGAAUGAAAUUUUACAUAAUUAGUACAUAUAUACGUCAAGGUCACGUACGUGCACAAGAACGUACGCGACCUUUGUCAAGUUCUGUCUAUUUACUUUUAUUCAUUUUAUUCCUGGAAAAAGCAGAAAAGGAAAUUACAAUUGCAAAAGAAAAUUUAUAAACCCAUUGACCGAUGGCAAAGGAUAGACAAAAGGGCACUAGUUCAUAUUGAAGUUCUACCAUCACCGGUCGAUAGUUUACAAACAUAAUUAUAAACAUUGAAAUGAAUAAAAAGACAUAGAUUCAAAUUUCAUCAAAACGUAUAUAGUUUUCAAAAAUAUCAAACAAACAUUAAAGCAAUUGAAGCAAGGAUG